AAUCAUGGCUUCCAGCUUAGAGAGAGACCUCAGCUGUCCGGUCUGCUGUGACAUCUUUAGAGAUCCCGUCAUCCUGUCCUCCUGCCACAGCUUCUGUAGAGACUGUGUGCAGAGCUGGUGGAGCGAGAAAGAAGGGAAGGAGUGUCCGGUCUGUAAGAGACGAGAUUCAAAGGACUCACUUCCUGCUAACUUUGCUUUAAAGAACCUGUGUGAGAGUUUCUUAGAGGAGAGAGGUCAGAGACCUCCAGAGGCUCUCUGCAGUCUGCACUCUGAGAGACUCACACUCUUCUGUCGGGACCAUCAGCAGCCAGUGUGUCUCGUCUGUAGAGAUUCAGAGAAACACAGCGAGCACAGAUUCAGACCCAUCGAUGAAGCUGCACGACAACACAGGAAGGAGCUCCGGAAGUCUCUGCAGCCUCUGAAGGAGAAGUUAAAGACUUUUGAACGAGUUAAAGUGAAGUUUGAUCUAACAGCAGAACACCUGAAGCUCCAGGCUCAAGACGCAGAUUAA